AUGCCGCUGUGCUGCUCAAAAAAGGCCGCGCAGCGCCAAAAAGAAUAUGAAGAAGAAGUACGCAUGAGGAAACUCGAAGAGGCCGCACGACUUGAACAGGAACAACGGGAACGUGAAGAAGCAAGAAAGGCAGAAAUUGAAAGAAUCAUGCAAGAAGAAAAGCAAGCGGAACUCAUGAAAAAAGCAGAAGAUGAAGAAAAAAUGAAUGAAGAAAAACGCGCAGAAGAAGAAAAACGCGCGGAAGAAGAAAGAUUAGCACAAGAACAAGCGGAAUUAGAAAAACAAAGACUAGCGCAAGAAGAACAAAAUAGAUUCGAACAGGAACAAUUUGUUGAUGCAGAAGAACAACAUAUGAUGAAAAUGACUACUGCAACACACCAAAAUACAAUGCAAUCAAUAGAUGCAUCACAAUUCGAUGGACAAAACACUUUUGAAAUGCAAACUUUCGCACCUUUCGAUAUGACCAGUGUAGAUCAAACAGCAAGAUACGUUGCCACCAAAUGUGGAUGCGCAAUGAAACCAGAACACAAACCUAUGGACUGUGCUGUAUGCCAAGGGAUCGACCUCUCAGACGCACCACUCAUUGCAUAA